AUGACUUUUAAAGAUACAAUAAAUGGUAUUGUGAAGCCCAAAGUGAAUGAGGAUAGCGUAUAUAACACUGGAAUGUUGGUUUCGGAGGAUACUACUAGAAAAACUGAUCGGGCGGCAAUGUCUAAAAGUAGAUCUCGUAUCGAAAAUGUACAAUAUAAUGAUUUGAAUAUCGAAAUAGACCAGAAAGAUAUUGAUAGGGCGGCCAAAAAAUACCACAAAGAGAUGAGAAGUCGCCGGAAGGAGCAAAAUAGAGAGAGAGAAACUUCUCAGUUACAACAUGGAUUUCUGCCGGUAUCAGCGGAGGUGCUUAUUACAGAGAAUAAAGAAGAGAGACCAGAGACACAGCAAGAAAUUCGGCCUAGAUCUCGUCUGAGAUCACAUCUGAGACAUCAGAAGCAUAGAAGGUCUCAGAUGGCCAACAUGGAGCGUGGACGCCGACAAAAACCGCAAGAAACGGAGAACCUGGCUACUCAAGAGCCUACUGUAAGACGGCUGAAACAAAAAAAGCAGCAUCUGGCGAAAAUAGACCACCUGGAUUACCCUGGGGCAGUGAGCUCGGUAUUUCGUACUCAAGAAGAGCUGACAAGCGAAGCAGCACAUAAACAUUUCGGAAAUUCGAAACAACUGAGAUUAAAUAACGAUGAGCGAGGACAGGGUACAGAUGAAGAGCUAAUCCAUAGAAAUCGAAGACGUCAAAAAAAGCAUUCUAUACGGCAGCAUACUUUACUCGAAACUCUGGAAGUACCUUCUAAGCCUGAAGAAACGAGUCCAAGACAAAGGCGUCAAAAGCACCCAAGGCAACGCCAACAAGACCCAUCCGAGCCUACACAAGAUGCAACUUCAAGACAAAGGCAUCAGCACAACCAUGAGCAAGUACGGGAUUCGCAAGGAGAAGAAUCAUGGAUAUUAGAAACCGUUCCUGUUCCUGAACUAGUUCCAAUUCCCCAUUCAAGGAAUAAUCGUCUAAGACACCCACAAGCUAAUCGAGUACAAUCUGAUCGAGUACAAUCUAAUGGAGCACAUUUAUUGGGAGAUAGUCCAGAAACAUCUUCAAGACAAAGGCGCCACCAGCAUCUUGCACAACAACACGCUCCACCAGAAAGUCCAAUACAACUACGUACGACGGACUCUGAAUCUCGUUUGAGGCAUAUUUUACAUCAACAGCUUCCACCUAAUCAUCAAGUAUCCCACCCAGAGCUGUUUCAAAGACGUCUAAGAAGUCCUAUAAAUGAUGUAGCCACGGAACUGCCGGAGUCCAGUCAACGAAGACCACGAGUUCAAAAUUCUUCUAGAAUAUUGCAUCCAUGUGAUAGGAUAUCUUUCAGUGAGGAUGAUAUACCCCAAUCCUCAAGUCAAGAAGAUCUCCCUCCAUCCGACGAAUACUACGCAGGUAACGAAGCCGAAAUACCCCCGUACCAUGCUACACUCCACAAGUAUUUGGAUUUGAUAUCUUACGAUCCUCGAGUAGUACCCUGCUUGAGGGUUAAUAGAGCGCUAAUCAAAAGUAAUGACAAGCUAUCCGAAUCUAUCUUCCAAUUUCUGAAGUUCAAUUUGUUCCCCGAAUCGAUUGAUCCCUGGGAAAUAUCCCAUAUUGACGACCAAUAUUAUGAUGACCUUAUUCCUGAAUUAAUUCCGGUAGAAACCGAUAGCAGUGAUGUGCUGCCAAAUAUACCAUACGAACCGCAUUAUAGGCAUCAUAACGAUGUGAUGCCUCAAAUAAUUAGUGAUGACGACUACGAAUAUGCAUUAUAUUUGUCAUCUCUUGAAAAUAAUGUACAUAAUCAUACCAUGAACAUAAGUUCCACCAUUGGAAGCUAA